AUGGGCGCAAAGACCUCCAAGCUAUCGAAAGAUGACCUUACGAGUCUAAGGCAGUCAACGUAUUUUGACCGUCGUGAAAUUCAGCAGUGGCAUAAAGGGUUUCUCAGAGACUGUCCCUCCGGAUCGCUUACCAAAGAAGAGUUCACCAAAAUCUACAAGCAGUUUUUUCCGUUUGGCUCCCCAGAGGAAUUUGCUAACCACGUCUUCAAGGUAUUCGACAAAGACGAUAAUGGAACUAUCGACUUCAAAGAAUUUAUCUCUGCCCUUAGCAUAACAUCCAGGGGCACGUUGGAGGAGAAACUUGUGUGGGCGUUCCAGCUUUACGAUCUGGAUCACAACGGGUCAAUUUCCUAUGACGAAAUGCUCACGAUAGUUUCCAGUAUUUAUAAGAUGAUCGGAUCAGUGGUGAAACUAGAAGACAACGAGGCAACCCCGGAGCUGCGGGUGAAGAAGAUUUUCAAACUUAUGGACAAGAAUGAGGAUGGUGAGAUCUCCCUGGAGGAGUUUCGCGAAGCCUCCAAGGUGGACCCUUCGAUAGUCAGCGCCUUGAAUCUGUAUGAUGGGUUAGUGUAG